UUUAGGAGAGCUAAGUCCAGUGUAAAAGUGUCUAUAUGACAGGAGAGUAGGAAAGCUCCAUAACAGAGCUGCAGGAUGACUUUUAUAACUGACUCUCUGUCUAGGGCCGAUGUGUUACUGUGCCUGACAGCCUGCAUUGCAUUCCUCAUCUACUGGAUCAAUGGCUCUAAGAAGAGAAAUAUGCCUCCUGGACCUACCCCUCUCCCCCUCAUUGGGAACCUCCACUCGAUGGACAUGAAUAGACCCCACAAGUCAUUGAUGGAGCUUUCUGAGAAAUAUGGAGAAGUCUUUACUGUACAGUUUGGACCCAAGAAGGUGGUGGUAAUUGCUGGGUACAAAGCUGUGAAGGACGCUCUCAUCGCCCAAGCUGAUGAUUUUGGACAUAGGGUGGAAAUGCCCCUGUACAAGCUAUACGGAGAAGAAAAGGGAUUAGCAUUUGCUAAUGGAGAACUAUGGAAAUCUAUGAGGAGGUUUGCACUGUCAACACUACGAGAAUUUGGAAUGGGAAAGAAAACAGUCCAAGAGAAAAUUCAAGAAGAAUUAAUUCCUCUCAUAGAAACCAUCAAAUCUCACAAUAACAAACCAUUUGAUAGCUACAUUAUACUGAACAGUGCGGUGGCCAAUGUAAUCUGCUCUAUUAUUUUUGGGAAAAGGUUUGAGUAUGAUGAUGCAAAAUUUAAACAAAUAUUCAGAUUGAUGGAAGAAAACAACCAGCUAGCUGGUGAAUCAAAAGUGAUGGUGUAUAAUUACUACCCUCUUAUCGGAUCUUUUCUUGGCCUACAUAAGAAAAUAGUGAAGAACACCCAAGAGCAACUUGAUUUUGUUUUAGAGUAUAUCAAAAUGCGAAGACGUGAGUUUGAUGAAAAUGACAUCACUGGAUAUAUUGAUGCCUAUCUUCUGAAGCAAAAACAGGAAUCCGUAGAAUCUGAAACAUACUUUAAUGAUGAAAACUUGGCCUACACAGUUCGGGAUUUAUUUUCAGCUGGAACCGAAACGACAUCUGCAUCGCUAGGCUGGGCCCUUUUACUGAUGGCAAAGUAUCCAGAAAUUCAAAAAAGGGUGCAGGAGGAAAUCAGGACACAUAUGAAGCCAGGACAGAUGCCUACAGCCGAUGAUAGAAGGAAUAUGCCUUAUACUGAUGCAGUGAUACAUGAAGUACAGAGGUUCGCCAAUAUCGUUCCCCUGAACUUGUCUCACAUGACUGUAAAUGAUGUGAAUUUUCGUGGUUACAGUAUUCCAAAGGGAACAGAGGUCAUUCCUUUCCUCACAUCCGUUCUGUAUGACAAGUCUCAGUGGAAAACUCCAUAUGAAUUUAACCCAAACCACUUUCUGGAUUCAAGUGGGAAGUUUGUACGACCCGAGGCAUUUUUACCUUUCUCUGCAGGAAAAAGAGCUUGCGUUGGAGAAAGCUUGGCCAAGAUGGAACUUUUCCUGUUCUUUACCGGACUUCUUCAAGCAUUUACUUUCCACCCACCAGCUGGAGUCUCCAGGGAAGAUCUAAGUCUUGAUCCUGAAAUUGGAUUCUUUUUGAACCCUAAACCACAUCUGAUAUGUGCAAAGCUCAACAACUAGUGUGCUGCCACCACAAAUACCCAGUAACAAGGCAGAUGUUUUUGUUGAUUCAUUUUGACUGAUUACAAAUGUCAAUACAGGUUGAGUAUCCAUUAAGGAUAGGCUUGGCAAAGGCUUGGGACCAGAAGUAUUUUGGAUAUCGGAUUAUUACGUAUUUUGGAAUAAUUGCAUACCAUAAUGAGAUAUCAUGGUGAUAAGACCCAAGUCUGAGCACAGAGGCCCUCAUUCCGAGUUGUUCGCUCGCUAGCUGCUUUUAGCAGCAUUGCACAUGCUAGGCCGCCGCCCUCUGGGAGUGUAUCUUAGCUUAGCAGAAUAGCGAACGAAAGAUUAGCAGAACUGCUAAUAAAUAAUUCUUUGCAAUUUCUGAGUAGCUCCAGACCUACUCACAGAUUGCGAUCAGCUCAGUCCGUUUAGUUCCUGGUUUGAGGUCACAAACACGCCCUGCGUUCGGCCAGCCACUCCCCCGUUUCUUCAGACACUCCCGCGUUUUUCCCUGACACGCCUGCGUUUUUUAGCACACUCCUGGAAAACGCUCAGUUACCACCCAGAAACGCCCCUUUCCCGUCAAUCAUUCACCGAUCAGCAGUGCGACUGAAAAGCGCCGCAGGAUCCACAGCAAAACUGCUAAGUUUUUAGUUAAAUAACUUAGCGUAUGCGCCCUGCGUGCCUUGCGCAUGCGCAGUUUGCAACAAAUCGCAGCAUCGCGAAAAUCGGCAACGAGCGAACAACUCGGAAUGAGGGCCAGAGUGUAUUUAUGUUUCAUAUACACCCACCCUGAAGGUAAGUUUAGCCAAUAUUUUUAAUAACUUUGUGCAUUAAACAAAGUUUGUGUACAUACACACAAUUCAUUUAGGUUUCAUAUACACCUUAUACACACACAGCCUGAAGGUCAUUAAAUACAAUAUUUUUAAUAACUUUGUGUAUUAAACAAAGUUUGUGUACAAUGAGACAUCUUAAACAAAAGGUGUGUACACACGGUGAGAUACUUGCUAUGCACGAUUUUGACUAUGCGAUUUCCCUUGAACUCCCCCAGAGCCCAGAUAGCACAUAUAGUACAGAUUUUGACUAUCUUUGCUUUAGAUUUUGUCUAUGUACGAUUUUGACUAAGUGCCAAUUUUGACUAUACUUUGUACUAGAUAGUACACUAGAUAGUCAAUAUUGACUUAGCUGCACAGUCUAUCUAGCCUUACGAUACCGACCCCACGAGAGCGCUCAUCGGGAUCGAAUCUGUAUCGCAAGCUGCCUAACACCUUGAGAUAUGCACUAACUUUUCAUAACUUUUUGCCAAUAUAGUCAAAAUCUUACAGAUUUAUCUCACCGUGGGCGGGAUGUACUAAGGGAAAAAUGCGGUAAAACUCCCGUUUUCGGGGGUUUUACCGCAUUUUGAAAUAUACUAAGACCCAGCCGCCCACAUAUCGGUGCGGAGGGUAUCGCCAUCUUUUUAUGGCGAUACCCUAUAGAAGCCUAUGGGCUUCUUUCCGCAAACCCGCCGCACUCACCGCCAAACGCUGACCCAUCUCUCACCAGUGUCCUGGCAGCCUGCUUCAGGAUCCUCAGCUGCCUCCGAGCUCCUGCAGCAGCUGGUGGGGUCCUCCUAUUCCUCCUCCCCGUCCUCUGGAAGCCGGUGCACUCCGUGCUUCCUGCAGCUGCCCCGCACCCUGCCCCAGCUGCACAGCUGCUUGUUCCUGUAUGAAGUGCCGGGGUUCCGGGUGCUGAUGGUGGUAGCGACCGGACGCAGGAGCAUAUGACGGGAGACGGGCGGGUGCCGGCAGGGGGUCUCAGGCCGUACUCCAUGCUGCAGGAGGUCAGGGUGCGGUGAGCGCGGAGCUGCAGGACUUCCUCUCGGGACUACCACUGACCGCAGGGCACCCCUGGCAUCGCAUUGCGAUACUAAUCACAUAUGUUAGUACAUAUGCGAUUAGCAUCAUUGCGAUGACCGGCGAUGACCCGCGAUCAGUGAUAGUACAUCCCGCCCCGUAUGUACACACCUAAAGGUUUCACUAUCUCAGUCCUACUCAAAAAAUUCUGUAUUUCGGAAUAUUUGGAUAUGGUAUACUCAACCUGUAUUACUUUUCCUGUGUUAUUCUUCUAUUCUAAAAUAAACAUUAAAUUCACAA